GUGUCGCCUACAUGGUCGUGUUCUCUGUUCAAGAUGGCGCUCAACCUGCGGAGAGAACGAUGAUCGAGCGUCGAGCGUCUGAACCUGAACGAGUCUCGUACGGCGGCGGGUCUGCUAUAGCUGUGUCGAGCGUCGGACAAUGAACGAGCGUACCGGAUCGAUCUACUUGUCGUCGCGGUGAUUCUAAUCAGCCGUGAAACGCGAGAAUCGUGUUGUGCGUCGGAACCCGUGAAACAAAAUGUGCAACCGCUAUCGGAGAAUCGAAAGGCUAGAGUCAAAAAUAAGUACGUGUUAGCUAGUGUUGUGGUUUUGUCGGUUAUGACAGUGUACGUAAAGUCAAAAUGGCAGCCACGUUAACCGUCGAGCAGGAACAGGCCACAAAGGAAUUUAUAGAAGCCGUGAACAAGUGUCGGGCUGGCAGGAGAGCCGGUCCAGUGUCAUGGAGCACGGCUGUAAAAUUUUUAACAGCAAGAAAGUUUGAAGUUGCAAGGGCAUUGGCUCUCUACGAACAACACGAAGCCACCAGGAGAAGAGAAGGUCUGGCGCUUCUAUAUCCUACCCAGGAACCUUUGCUUAGCGAACUACGCACAGGAAAAUUUACAGUUUUACCUUCGAGGGAUGCAACAGGAGCAGCCGUAGCUAUUUUCACAGCGCAUUUGCAUCUCCCACAAAAUACCACGCACCAAACGACGUUGCAAGGUGUUGUAUAUCAAUUGGAUGCGGCUCUGGAAAGUGCAGAGACUCAGAAGCAUGGUCUGGUUUUUAUUUACGAUAUGUCGGACAGCAAGUACCAGAAUUUUGACUAUGACCUCUCGCAAAAGAUUCUCACCCUUCUGAAGGGUGGUUAUCCGGCUAAACUGAAAAAGGUUUUGAUAGUGACUGCACCGUUGUGGUUCAAAGCGCCGUUUAAAAUCCUUCGAUUAUUUGUUCGUGAAAAAUUGAGGGACAGAGUAUUUACUGUAUCCAUUCCUCAAUUAACGUUACAUAUCCCACGAGAAUCAUUACCACACCGUUUGGGCGGCACGUUGGAGAUACAGCAUGAGGCAUGGCUGCUCCACUGUCUUAAAUCCAUGACAAACAGAGGCGGGGGUGAACUUUGCGAGGUUACCCCCAGAGUGGGUAGUCCUCUUUCACCCACAUCAAAAAGUCACACGACUCAUCAGAAUCCGAAUGGUACUACAGUGAGUAGCUCAACUAGUCCAAUAAUCGAUAAGAGUAAAGUGAAAAAUGGGGUUUCGAAUAUCGGGGAUAUCGAGAUUACAAACGGUGAUGUCUGGAUGGGAACCGACGAGGCACCGUCUCCAGUUCAACCUCCGUCCUCGGCUAGUUCAGGUUUUAGCGACGACGAUAGCCUCCACGGUGAUCUUGGACUUCAAGCCGUUACCAUGGAACAACUUAUCGAAGACAUUCAUUCGAGGGGUCGUGCCGGUCUCAUAGCCGAAUACGCAGAGAUCAGGCAAAGACCGCCGGAAGCUUCUUUUAACCAUGCAAAAUUGAGAGUAAACCAGUCGAAAAAUCGAUACACGGACGUACUUUGCUACGAUCAUAGUAGGGUAUGCCUGUCUCAGAUAGACGGAGAUGCCAGCACCGAUUAUAUAAAUGCUAAUUUUGUCGACGGUUACAAACAAAAGAAUGCGUUUAUCAGUACUCAGGGUCCUCUUCCAAAAACGUGCGGAGAUUUUUGGAGGAUGAUUUGGGAACAACAGGCGCUCGUUAUCGUUAUGACUACUAGGGUGGUGGAAAGAGGACGCACAAAGUGUGCACAGUAUUGGGGUCCAGAACCAGGCGACGAAGUGCAAGCGGGUGGUUUCACUAUAACUACUCUCGAAGUUGAUACCAAUCCCGAUUACACGAUAUCUAUGCUUCUCCUUACAAACAACAAGACUGACGAGGCAAGGGAGGUUUGCCAUAUGCUGUACACUGCGUGGCCGGAUUAUGGUGUUCCACAGUCGGCCAAGGCUUUGCUACAGUUUCUAGCCUUAGUAAGACAACAACAAAAUAAAUUACUUGCGCACAGAGGAGACACAUGGGCUGGACAUCCACGAGGACCCCCUAUAGUUGUACAUUGCAGUGCCGGAAUAGGAAGGACAGGUACAUUUUGCACAUUAGAUAUUUGCAUAUCGCGACUAGAGGACACCGGAACCGUAGACAUUCGUGGGACGGUGGAAAAGAUCAGAGCACAGAGGGCCUAUAGUAUUCAGAUGCCAGACCAGUACGUCUUCUGUCAUCGUGCAUUGGCAGAGUAUGCACUCUCUAGAGGGAUGCUUAGCCCGCAACAUCUUGCUAUGUUACCUCCAACCAUAGAAGAAGAUUCCGACUAGAGUGCAAACUCUAUUAUCAUGUACCAGAGAUUGAUGUUCUUCCCGAGUAUGCAUAAUAGUCUCUUUACAUAGCCUACUUGUAGCUUAAAUAACUCAAAGUUAUUUUUUGCUAUCAUCUCCAUCGAUGUAAUAUUUCAAAUUUCUACCGUUUACGUUAGGCUACUACGUCUGAAAAAGAACUAGGUUUUUUUUUCAAGGCCAAACGCGCGAACAGACAAUUUCAACAUUUCUGUUCCUCGAUAUUUUGCUCCGCGAAGAAAUUCAUUAUUGACAGAAGUAUGCGCGCUCGCGCGCCUCCAUCUAUCGAAUGGCUGUUCGCGAGUAAUAAAGCGAACCUGGCACAAUCGGAUCUACCGAUUCGACUUUAACCCUCUCAUAUGUAAAUUUUAUUGUACAUUCUGAAGCGUGACUACAGAGUUAUUUAAAACGUGUAAACUGCGAAACGCCUUACUUUAUAAACAUUCCAAUUGAGAAUAAUUACUAUGUCAAUUAAAUUAAAUAUAUAUACAUAUAUCUAUACAAGCGCGAAUUAUCCUAUUUCAUAGGUUUA